AUGGUGCUUUCUAAGUGUUAUGCAAUUGUGUAUUGCAAAUGGGAUGGUAUUCCAUUGGAAGUUUCUUCAGAUACUAUGAUGCGUGACCUCAAAAUAUAUGUUUGUGAUUAUUGGAGAAACUUGACUCCUCGGAGCAUAAGAUUUAGGCAUGGGCCGCAUGGCCAAGGAUCUGAUAAAGCUGUCAUCAACUAUGAUUAUUCUCUUCAUAGUCUAAUUGUUGUUACUUGUUCAAAGGAAUUGCCAAGUUUUGAUUUGUUCGUUGAGGAGGUUUCUAAUGGUGGUGCUUCUAGCUCUUCAUCUGGUAUUUCCACUUGGGAGGAUAUUUUUAAAGGUGUUGGUCAAGUUUUUCAUGGUGGUGUUGAUGAGGUUCGUUUAGCUGUCAUCAAAUAUUGCAGAAAUUCUGGUUAUUCAGUUGCAAAGGUUAAGAAUGACAGACUUAGGUUCACAGGAAUUCAAUGGGAGCAUAAAUGUGGUGGUGCUUAUAAGCUGAAAGAGCCCACUGUGAAGAGGAAAUUGAUAAAACAUCUGUUCAAGGAUCAAGUACAGUCAAAUCCGUCGAUAAAGCCUAAUGAUAUGGUUGCUCAGGUAAAGAGUUUUUACGGUAUUAACAUAAAAUACCAUCAUGCUUAUAAAGGAAAGGAAGCAUUUAAGGUAGAGAUAUAUGGCGAUGAUACAAAACGUUUUGAGAGGCUUUCCAUAGGUUUUUCUGCAUGUAUCGAAGGAUACCAGUUCAUUCACCCUAUGCUUUACUGUGAUGCAACAUUUCUCACUGGGAGAUUCAAGGGAACAUUGAUGGCUGCCACUGGUGUGAAUGGAAACCAAGGUUUCUUUCCUUUUGCGUUUGCUUUAGUUCCUUCAAAAGAUAUUGAAGGUUGGGAGUGGUUCAUGGAAAACUUGCAGCAUUGUGUCGACUCUCGUCCUAUCACCUUUAUCACUGAUCGUCAUGAAGGUCUGAAGCAAAGUAUUCCUAAGUAUGUUCCCAACCCUUAUCAUAGUUACUGUUUUUAUCAUUUGAAGAAUAACCUCCCCAUCAAGAAAGGACAUGAGAAAUAUAAAAAAGUUCUGGAUUUGUUCCAUAAAGCUGCAUACUACUACAGUGUUGCCAAAUAUGAGUCUGCUUUGAAUGAGAUGUGCAUCAUAGGAUGUGGUUGGGUUGCCAAGUACCGUAGAAAUAUCGAUCCGAAGCACUGGGCAAAUGCUUUCUUCGUAGGAUGUAGGUAUGGGACACACUCAUCAAGUAUUAUAGAGUCUUUCAAUAACUGGAUUCAUCGUGAAAGGGAUUUGCCUCCAGCUUCUCCUGUUGAUGAAAUCAGGAUAAAGAUUAUGAGGAUGAGUUCAGAAAGGCGUGAGCUUGGUAGAACCUAUCAUGAUAGUUUGACUCCCAUUUAUAAAGCUUUACUCAAGUCACAUGUCGAUAUAAUUCUUCCAUGGAAUGUUACUGAGUCAGGUAAUGGUAUAUAUGAGGUCCACUCUCCCAGCUCUCAUGUUGUUGAUCUGAUGCAUAUGACGUGCACUUGCCAGAGAUGGAAAGUGUUUGGUUUCCCCUGUUCUCACACCACUGCUGCUAUUACUAUGAAUGGUACUGAGAUUUUGAGGCCAGAAGCGUAUGAACCUGAAGAGAAAGUCCUUCCUGGUAUUCCAAGGCCACCUCCAGGGAGACCACCAAAGAAGCGUAUUCGCAAUGCUUAUGAGAAGGAGAGGAGGCCUAUGAAGUGCUCAAAUUGCAAGAAGAUUGGGAACCACAACAAUGCUACCUGUCGUGUAUUAAUGCUGGAGUAG